AUGGGUGUAUUCGGAACAGUGAUUGUGAACUCUACCAACGGAACAGUAUUCGGGCACAAAGGGACUUUGCAAGAUGAGGUGAUGAACUAUUCAUUUGGAGUGUGUCUGGUUCUGCUCAUGCCUGUGGGAAUCACCUGUAAUCUUCUCGUCUUCAGGUAUAACACUGUUAGCUCGGAUAGUAAAACUCUGUCUGCUCUUUUCUACCGGUUCCUGUCUGCACUGGAUCUCAUGAUCUGCUGUUUCAGGACCCACCACCAGAUAUACGCGUUACUGCGACCUGAGCACGAGACAAGGUUCUACGUCACCACACCCAUCUCCCUCCCUCUCAGACUGGUAUCUCUACUGAUCCUCAACUACACCAUGCUUGUUAUGGAGGUGGUGUCACUCCUGGGUCUUGUCAGGUUCAUAGCAGUAGGGUUCCCACUCCUCUACCGACACUACACAGCGUAUGUAAAACUAGUCUUCACAGCACUGCUGGUCUCACUAACCCUCAUAAUCCUGGGACUAAAUCUAGACUAUUUCGGGUAUUUCGGGGCAGGUGUGUACUGGAUUAACGUAAUCCAGUGGGUGGUAAGUAGUGAGGAUUCUGCCAUUAUCUCCACUCUAAACCUCUAUAUUCCCGGCACUGGGCUGAUCCUAGCUGCGCUCACUUCAACAGCUACUGUGUUCUGUUUAGUGAGAUCAGAUGACAGGGCCGCUCACUCUAGAGGAAGUGUUACUGUAAUGCUCAUGAAUCUGGGUCUCAUUAUCUACCUCGUUCUUCUCUUUUCAGCAACCCAGUAUCUCCCUUUCGGUAAGGAUACCAUGCUAAAAUAUCUGAAGACAGGACAGUACGAAGUGUACUAUUUCUACUACUUUGUAGGAACCUACAUGCCCCUUCUUCUUGCUGUGUACAACCCACUGGUAGUGUCCAUGGGAUGCCAGGGUAUAAAAACUAAGUGGCCGGGAGUGUUCUCUUCUCGUGUAGAAACAGAGUCCACACUUUAGAUUAUAGAUAAGGGAUUGAGCGAGGACUCAGCGGAAACUGGACAGUAUUUGUGUUAAAUUGUCUUAGAACAAACUUGAUUAUCUUAUCUUGGGCCUGUAUGUAGCUGGUACCUCUAUCACUAUGUAUAAUAUGGUUGAAUAAUGGUCAAUAAUUUGGAAUAUUAUAUUUCAGGAUUUGUUUUAAAUGUAACUCUAAAAGUUUUAAAUCAAUAUGUUUUAGGGUUUGAUUUUUUAUGUGCGAACUUGCAUGGUAUUAUUUUUAAAUUGUUUUAAAAAUAACAAUAGCUUCGGGCUUACGCCUUACGGUUUUACAUAAAAUUUAUUG